AUGACCAAGAAGAGCGUACCAAGACGAAAACGCAGUGCUCCUGCACAUGCAGCAGCACCCAAGAAAAAGAAAGUUGUGGCAGCAAAGAAAAAGCACGUACGGGAACUGGUCAAGGCGGGACUAUGGGGCGAGAUUGAAAAAUUAUACGGGAAAAAAAUCUUGGCCAAGGCUAAGAAUUACGCAGAGACGACCCAACGUGUGAAAAAGACUCCACUUGAAAUUGCUCAUGAAAUUCUAGCAAAGAAUGGGUAUCUACUAUCACAAGAGACAGCAAUUAGUACUACAUCUGCUCCAUUCAUGAAUAUGGAAAAUAGGGACCAGCACGAGUGA